AUGUCGUACAGCCCUAUGAAUGAAGCUGCCAUGCAGGACAUGUACGGCUUCGCACCUGCGCGUCCUGCGCCUGGUCCCCCCCCGGGCGUGGCGGCAGCGGACUCGUAUCGCAGCGGCGGCCGCCACGCUGGCUCGACUAGCCCCUAUGACCGCAGUGCAGCGAGCUCAUCCUCGCCUCUGACCGGGAUGGCCGCCUUUACUGCGCCCCUCUCGUCUACCCUCGUGCCUGCAUCGGCACCCCCGCCCCACCCGGGCACGCUCAAGCCCUCGGCCUCCGUCGUGCGCAGCGGCUACCUCAGUGUCAAGGAGGAUGGUCUGCGGUCGUGGAUCUGGAGCAAAAAGUGGCUCGUCUUGCGCGAAACGUCUCUUCUCUUCCACAAAAACGACUCGACGGCUCAGGCGACCCACAUUUUGCUCCUGCGCGAUGUGCGCAAUAUAAGCCGCACGGAUCUCAAGCCGUACUGUAUCGAAAUCGAGACCAAAGACCGGACCAUUUUCUUGCAGGUCAAGAGCGACGAAGAGCUGUAUGGAUGGAUGGAUGACAUUUACAAUCGAUCACCGCUGGGCGCAUCAUCCCCCACCAACUUUGUGCACCAAGUCCACGUCGGCUUUGAUCCGGUCAGUGGCUCCUUCACCGGUCUGCCCGAGCAUUGGAUGCGCCUGCUCACACAGUCGGCCAUCACAAAGGAAGACUACGCCAAGAACCCACAGGCCGUGCUGGACGUCCUCGAGUUUUAUACAGACAUUCACAACAAGCGCUCGCGCGACGAUUUCGGCCUCGGCUCACCCAUGAUGAACUUGCACGCCGGUGGCUCGGGCCGUGAAGUCGUCGAUCGGUAUAAGCACACCGAGGACGCGCGCUCCUUCGGGUCCCUCGAUCCGCGGCGACCCGCCCCCGCGCCGCCGCUCGGCCAGCCUCGUCAGAGCCCGUGGCCCGCCACUCCGUACCAGACUCACGCCGUGGCCCUGCCCGCGACAGAUACGUCCCUCUCCGAGAGCGACACCAGCGCGCUGUCCUUCAAGACGCAGCAGCUGCGCGUGUCGGAGGAGCAGCAGCUGCAGCGGCGCUACAUGAUGGAACGCGAGGAGCAGCGCGAGCGUGCCCUCCGCCAACAACGAGCCGCGGCAGAGCGCCGUCGUGUGUCGCAGCCGAAAACCGCGCCGUACGCUGCCCCGCCACUUGCGCCUACCACGGCGCCGCCGCCCCAAGCUCUACCCGCUGUGGCCUCCCCCAAGCCCCAGCCACCGUCACCGGCGCCUCCGCUUCCGCCCGUGUUGCCUGAAGCAGCCCCGGCCAUCACCAGUGCUGACGCCUACCGCACGCCCCAGAAAAGCGCGCCGGUGAGUGCGGCAUCCAAGCCCCCCGCAGCUGUGCCUCAGCGACGACUGGACGCCUCGAACCGCUCCAAUACGAUGACGGAUGCCCAGAUCAUGGACAAGCUGCGCACCGUCGUGAGUCGCCAUGAUCCCCAUAUGCUCUAUCGGAAAGUCAAGAAGAUUGGGCAAGGUGCUUCUGGCUCUGUGUAUGUGGCCAAGACGCUCGCGACGUCGCAGCUCGUCGCGAUCAAAGCCAUGGACCUGACGCAUCAGCCUCGCAAAGAGCUGAUCAUCAACGAGAUUUUUGUGAUGAAAGAGUCGCAACAUCCGAAUAUCGUCAACUUUUUAGAUGCAUACCUUCUGCGUGAACAGGAUCUAUGGGUCGUGAUGGAGUACAUGGAGGGCGGCGCACUCACAGACGUCAUUGACAACAACACCCUCGAAGAGGACCAGAUCGCCGCUAUCUGUCUGGAAACGUGCAAAGGCCUGGAGCACUUGCACAGGCAGGCCAUUAUCCACCGCGAUAUCAAGAGCGACAACGUCUUGCUGAACAAUUAUGGCCAGGUGAAGAUCACCGAUUUCGGCUUUUGCGCGAAGCUGACAGACCAACGGAGCAAGCGCGCUACCAUGGUCGGCACGCCCUACUGGAUGGCCCCAGAGGUGGUCAAGCAGAAGGAGUAUGACGCCAAGGUCGACAUUUGGUCGCUGGGUAUCAUGGCGAUUGAGAUGAUUGAGAAUGAGCCACCAUACCUGGACGAAGAACCGCUGAAGGCCUUGUACAUGAUCGCCACAAACGGCACACCGACGCUCAAGAAGCCGGAAAAGCUCAGCCGCGAGCUCAAGGGCUUCUUGGCCGUGUGCCUGUGCGCCGACGUGAAGAGCCGCGCCACGGCCGAGGAGCUUCUUCAGCACGAGUUCCUGCACAAGGCGUGCCCCGCCACAGAGCUGCCCAAGCUCUUGCAGUUCCGUAACCAUGAAAAGUAG